UCAAUAUUAUUAAAUUUUAUCAUGAUACAAUUUAUUCAAUUUAUUGUGUGCUAUAGUUAUUGUUGAUAUCGCAUACACGUGUAUUUCUUAUAACCUAAUUUAUAAUUUCUCGUUUUUUAAUAUUUAAAAAAGUAAAAAAUAAAAUAUAUAUGUUGAAAAAUGUUACGAAGACAAGCAAGACUUCGUAGAGAAUAUUUGUACAGAAAAUCAGUUCAAGAUAAAUUAAAAAAUAUCCAAGAAAAGAAGGAGAAACUCAAACGUAGUCUAGAACAAAAUAUACCGAUACAUCCAGAUUUAAAAAAAGACGCUUUAAACAUACAAAAGCAGUUAGCUUGGGAAGAUGCUGGACCAGAAAUGGCUAUUGCUAUUGGAACCGAGAUGGGUGGAACUUUGGCAUCUCACGAAGAUGAUGAAUAUAGAUGGGCUGGAGUUGAAGAUCCAAAAAUUGUGAUUACUACUUCUCGUGAUCCAAGUUCUAGAUUAAAAAUGUUUGUUAAAGAAUUAAGAUUGAUAUUUCCCAAUUCUCAAAGAAUGAAUCGAGGAAAUUAUGAAAUGAAACAAUUAAUACAUGCCUGUAGAGCAAAUGAUGUUACAGAUUUUAUAAUUGUACAUGAACAUAGAGGUAUUCCUGAUUCUAUAAUUAUAUGUCAUUUACCCUAUGGACCAACUGCAUACUUUACAAUGUCAGAUGUUAUUAUGAGACAUGAUAUUCCCAAUAUUGGAACAAUGUCUGAACAAUAUCCUCAUCUUAUAUUUCAUAAUUUUAAAACAAAGUUAGGUGAACGUGUUAUGAAUAUUUUAAAAUAUUUAUUCCCAGUACCAAAGGAAGAUAGCAAAAGAAUAAUCACUUUUGCCAAUCAUGAUGAUUAUAUAUCAUUUCGCCAUCACACAUAUAAAAAAAUUUAUGGAAAAGAUAUUGAAUUGUCAGAAGUUGGACCCAGGUUUCAAUUGAGAUUAUAUGAAAUUAAAUUAGGCACUUUAGAUGCAGAAGCAGCAGCUGAUAUAGAAUGGGCACUGAGACCUUACAUGAAUACUAGCCAUAAAAGAAGAUUUCUUUCUGAUGAAGAUGGAUGGCAACAAGAAGAUGAUAUAUAAAAUUUUUAUUUAUUUUUCUAUCAGUUCCAACAAAUGUUCUAACAAUAUGAGUCCAUGUACUGCGAAUAAAAUACAAUAUUUUUAAAUUUCGCGCGUUGCAUUCUAAAUGCGUCACCGUUAUUGCGCAAUGCAUUCUGGUAUUCUUCGUGGCAG